AUGGCCGGCAAGUCGUCCAAGAAACAGGCUCAAAACAACCUAGGGGUGCUCAGACGUUUAUACGUCGCAGUCGUGCCGUUGGUCGCGUUGUCGUUAUUACGUCUCGUGUUGCGUCGCGGCUCCUGGCUCGCGUUCGCCGUGCUCCACGGCCCGCUGGCCGCGUGCGUGUACACGCUGGAGAAGAGCGGGCGGCCGCGGUUCGACGCGCGCGGGCGCGUGGAGCGCGAGGGCAUGGACCUGCGCCAGUCGGGGCUCACGGAGUGGCUGUUCGACGUGGUGUACCUGUCGCUGUUCGCGGACGCGGGUCACGUGGUCUUCGGCACCCUCAAGUUUUACUACGUGCUCGGCGCGGUCCCCGUGUACGUCGCGUACAAGGCGCGGGCGUUGGCGCAGCCGGUGUUGGCGCGGUUGGGCGGCGGGCGGUCGCGGGCCGCGGAGAUGGAGACGGAGAUUGGGGACGGCGGGGCCAAGUCGCGGCGGCAGGCCAAGCGCGAGCGCAACGCGGACAAGCCGCGGAUGCGGUACCGGUGA